UUAUUUCCGGUUUCAGAGUCACAAGUGUUUGACGCAUUUAGCAUCAUACGACAUAAUACGUCCGUAUGUUACGUAUACGGGCAAAACAAACGGGUUCACUCCUUUUCUUUAUUUCUGUUCUAAUUUAUUUCUGUGAAGGCAGCAGGAUGAUGGUCGGAGGCGUGGGUGAAGUUAAAGCUGCUGAUGAAGAAGUUCAACAGAUCGCAAACGACCUGAAAGCAGAGGUGGAGAAGGAAUCUAAUCAGAAGUAUGAAAUUUUCAAUGCGAUCAACUACAAAACUCAGGUGGUAGCAGGAACAAAUUACUUUAUUAAGGUUGACGUGGGAGAUGGCACUUACAUCCACCUCAGAGUAUUCAAGUCGUUGCCUCAUGCAGGUCCGUCAGUAGAGCUGGUUGGCUAUCAGGAAAACAAAUCCAAGGAUGAUCCCAUCAACCACUUCUAAUCAUACGGACCAUACCUAAAUGUUGUAUUCAAACAUCUUGUGAUGUUCUAAAUUUUGUUAUCUAUAUUAUAAAGGUUAACAUUGGUGUUUGAAACUUGUUCCAUUAAGCAUCCUUUGAUGGUUGUAUGAGAUAUUGUAAUGGGAACACAAAAGGUGGUAAUUUUUAGGUGACCUGAGAUGAAGUCUCAGUUAACCUUUUGUGAUCGCCUUUCGUCUGGCGUUGUUUGCUGUCUGCCGUAAAGAAUUUACAUUUUAAGCUUCUCCUCAAUGACCAAUUCAAAGCCUGAAAUUCGGUCUUUAGCAUGCUGGCAUGAAGGGCUACCUAGUUUUUUUUCAAAUAGAUGACCUUGACCUUCAUUCAAGGUCACAGGGGUCAAAUAUGAUAAAAUCAUGAAAAAACUUCUUUUUGAUAACCAAGAGACCCAGAGACCUGAUAUUGGGUUUGUAGCAUGUUGGGAUGAAGGGCUAACAAGUUUGUUCAUAUACAUGACCUUGACUUCAUUCAAGAUCAUAAGGGUCAAAUAUGCUAAAAUCUUAAAACAACUUUUUCAUGAUAACCAAUAGGCCCAGAGACCUGUCUUGUAGCAUUCUGUUGUAAAGGGCUGUGACCAUUAUGCAAUGAAUGACCUUGACCUUCAUUCAAGGUUAAAGGGUUCAAAUCUGCUAAAAGAUAUCAAAAUUCAGGUGACCGUCAAUGCCAGUGGGCCCCUUGUUAAUUAGUAAGAUGCCUUUUGAGUUACAUUAAAAAGAACUUCACAGUAAUGUACACUCUAGCAGUCUUGUAAUGUGUGUUGUAAACUAAUUUGCUAUACUAUAGCCUCUAAAGGAAGACAUAUUUUCUCAAGUAAAAGUACCAGAGAAGGCCUAGGUCCAUUGCUUACCAAGCUGAUGUAUAUAUAUAGUAUGUGUAUAUGUAUUUAUAUUACAUGUAUAUCAUUUCAUGUAAAUAUAUAUCAUUCUGGCAUAUUAUGCAUUAUACUUGUGAUAACAUUUUAAAUGUUCCCAUUUAAUAGAAAAUCUUUAUACUAAAUCAACUAUCGCAUUUUGAGCAUAAAAUACAUAUCAGAGACCCAUAUAUGUGAUUAUGUAGUUGUCUGACGAAAUUAAAUUUUACCACAAAACAGGCCCUUUUUGCCAUGUCAUAUGGCCAUGUCAUGUGUAUUGUAAGACACCUGUAAUAACACUAUUGUGAUGUCACAUGAUUGUCUGGGUAGAGGGAAAUGUCUCAUCUGAGACGGACUUCGCCAGUCUUAUAUAGAAACAAAAAUUGAAAGGUUUUUACUUAUCUUCUCAUAAAUAUAGUUAUGUGAUCAAUCUUACACUUAUGGCUAUGUUAUAUGGAUUUUAUUACACUCGUUAAAUAAUUUGAUAUGCCACUGGCAUAAAGGCUUGUAGCAUAUCAAAUUAAUGAACUUGUUUAUUAUAUUCUGUAUGACAUCGCUACUCAUGUAAGAUCCUCAAUAUUCAGCAUGUAAAGUAUAUAUUAUCUUACUAUGGAAUUUAUAUACUGGUAGAUAACAGCUCUGCUUUUGAAGAAUUUAUUAUUUCAACAAUAUAAAAGUUACCAGUUAAUGAUUAAUGACCAUGAUCUAAUAUUUGGCUGUCGUUGAAUAUUCUUGGAAAUUUAUCUAUAUGCAUUGUUCUUAUUUAUUUAAGUACCAUUUUUUUGGAAAUUUUUCAGUUGUAGUGCCUUUUAUGCAUGUGAUAUAUGCUGAUGAUUUUAUCAUAUGGAACUUUACAGAUUUGUUAACUUUCAUGAAGCUAAUGUAAUGUAUUCUGUAACAAGGGAGAGAACUCCGGAUAGCUGCUGAUACUCCUAGGAUGGUUGUAUAAUUUAUAUUGCUUAUCUUACUUGGUAAAUAAAAACAAUUACCUCAUUGAUGCCAUGGCUUUUAUAAGGAACCAUAAAUGCAAAUUUCCACUUAACAGUGACUAAAUGUGAGUUGAUGAUAUAAUCUUUUUACUGCAUUCUUUCCAUUAACAGCGUUGAUAAUAAGUGUUUUGACCAAAUGAACAACGACAUAGAUCAUUCCUUGUAUUAUACCUUAUAUAGCGUCUGUAUUUGUAGUAUUUUAGUGUGAGGGGUUAAGGUAAAAUGUAUUCAUUACAAUAUGUAGUAAUUUCACUGUUAUCUCAAAAUUUGAAAUGAAAUAUUUUCCGAAAUGUAUGUUUUUGUUUGUACAUGUAUAUAGUUGAGCUCCUUUUGUACAAAAUGUGGAGAUCUUUCACCGUGGUGCUUCAGCCAGGUGUGUGUCAUCUUUAACUGUCAUCAAAUGCGUCAUAAAAUAGUAUUUCCUCCAAAACUACUGAACACAGUUCAGUCAAAUCUUAUUGGAAUUAAAGGGUAUCAAAUUGUU